CGAGCGGACAUGGAUGGAUGGAGAGAGAAUCGGAUGGGCGCCAGGACCCCCGAUUGGGGCAAGCGCCGCUGGCGCGUACUCACGUGACUAUCAGCGGCGCCGAAAAGUUUCUUCCGUUCUUCCUUGCUUUUCGUGCUCUUCUUCCAACCUCAAUGUUAUCCAACCUUCUCUCACUCCAUCAUAUCCCCUCCCCCCUCCAAUACCCUCCUCACCCAGUCAAUUGGACCCCAGUCAGCCGGUCCUAGGCCCAUUGACGUCGGAGUUUCCCUUCCACUCCCGUACCUAUCCACCUUCACCCUUUUGCACUCACCCUUUUGCACUCAACAUGGCUCCCCGAAUACAGAACCCGGUCGUCUCCAACUCUCUCCUCCCUUACCUUUCCUCAUCUUCCACUUCCUCCUCCACAUGCUCCUCCUUCAAUUCCCUCUCAUCUACGUCACGGCGGUCAUGCCGGUCUUUCUCGUCCACAGUAGCCCCUCAAACCAGACUUCGCCAGCAGAUGUUUUACUGGUUGAACAAUGAGGCUGCUGUCCUGAAACAUCACACACCGGGCUCGACGAAUUAUCUCUCUCGGAUCGCGAUCAAGCACAUGCCUGAGGAACUUGUUGAAAAAAGAAUAUUCCCAUACAAUGCUCAUUACCGCUCAGAGACUAUUCUCAGUGAGGAGCUGCGGAGUGAGAUUCACGACCGGGUUGUGAAUCAAAAGAAGAGUGUGCGGGCUGUCAGUGUGGAGCUGAAUGUUGACAUGAGGAGGGUUGCUGCCGUAGUCCGGUUGGUCGAGUUGGAAAACAGGAUGAAGGAACAGGGUAAACAUCUAGCCUUGCCCUACGCUCGUGCAAUCCAUGAGAUGGUUCCAACAACGCCUCUCAACACUAUUCACGAAGGAAUUAACGACCUACCCGUUCACCGGUUAACUGACCCUCAGAUUUUCUAUCCCGUCUCUGAGUCCCGUCAAUUCAACCGUGUUGACGCUGGCCGUGUCUUCUCCGCCGCCCCAGCCCUAGAACACGAGCACGCCGCUAAGGAUGCCCUUGAUCCCUCCGAAACUAUAAGCCGUAUCACCCAGAAUCCCUCCCACAUUGAAGUUGUUGGCAAAGGCGAGGAUGAACACCAGGUUCUCCAGCCAGCGGACGUGCGUAUUCCGCACCCGCACAUGGUCGCCAGUAGGCGUGAAAUAAAUCUCAUGCCCAAUGAGAAAGCCAGACACCAUAGCGUCUACAAAGAUCGUCUCCGAAAGGAAGAGGAGGCCGACCAGGAGCACAAGCGUCGCUCUGAGGAGCGUAAGGAGAAGCAAACUCAGAGAGUGCAACUUGAGGGCUCUCGCUUUGAGUUCCGUAUCAACGACGUUGUCGUUAGCCAGGAAACCACCGGAAAGGAUGGUCGGAAUGCUCGUGCCCCCGGUCGGAGGUACGGUGUCCCCAGCUACGACCGGAAGAAGGGCCAGGUUAAGAUCCCGACCCGGGUGGAAGUUUAAUUUAAUUUGUGUCCUCUAUUCCCUCGGGGUCAUUGGGAAGACAUGGAGCGUGUAUUGUAUAGCACGUUCGUUGCGCAGUGCGGACGGACGAUGGAUGUAUUUGUAUGCCUUGUUGCCUGUUUCAACUGUACUAUGCAGAUUUUGAUUCAUAUCUGGAGGAGCUUGUUUGUUGUUGUCCUUCCUAGGCGGAUCGCCUUCUCCUGAGCGAUUAAUGUAUUUUUAGCCUUGUCUUAUCGCCCCAUCGGUCGACUACUACUUAUUAUACCUAUUUGACUACGACACAGCAUUAUCAUAGUAACC